CCUGACCUGACCUCUCUUACAGAGCUGCGGGCGGCCUCUCGACACCUGCAGUCUCCACCUGAAAGGGAUCCCGCCUCACCUCAACCAGAUUAUGCCGCUCAACGACUACAUGUCGGAGUUUGGCCGCGUCGUCAACAUACAGGUCUCGUUCGGUUGCGAUCCGUCGGCAGCGCUGGUAACCUUUGACAGCUCAGAGGAGGCAGAGGCGGCGCUCUCGUCUCCGAAGCCGGUGCUCGGCUGUGCUCAGAUCUCAGUGCGCCCCCAUGGAGACAGAGCGGCCUUUGGCGGGCGACAGAUGGCGUUAUCUGGUUUGAAACGAACUGUCGCGAACCCCGACGCAGCACGACGGAAAAGUGAACUCGACUCCGCAUCACAAGCAUCACAUCUACCACAAAAUAACGGUGAUACAGCGCCAGCAUAUCCAGACGACUCGCCAGCCGCGUCACAGGAACAGGACUCGGCUGACGAUCAGCCAUCAGCGUCUGAGGUGUGGCAGGCACUCCCACAGUCCCAGCAGCAGGAACAGACGUCAGCUGGACUCCCCACGGAGGAGACAGCAGAGGCGCGCCGUCAGAACCAGGAGAUCGCAGAGGCUCGACGCCAGGAGAUACGCCGGUCACAGGACCUGCUGGCUGCCAAUGUUGCGCUGGAGGCCAAACGCAAGGAGAAACGAGAGGCGGCGCGUCGGCUGGCGGCCGAGCUGCAGCGCCGGGAGGCAGACCUGUUACAGCGGCAGCUGGAGCAACAGCGGCACCUGCUGGCGCGCCUGGACAGCCCCGGUCUGCGGCCGGCCGAGCGGCAGGCGCUGCUGGGUGCUCUGCGCGCCCUACAGGCCGCUUCCCAGAGCACGCGCGCCGGCCUGACGGCGGCCCUAGAGCGCGGAGCGGCGCCCCGGCCGGCGCCCGCGCCCGCGCACAGGGCGCCGCUGAGGAGGGCGCACCCGGCCGAUGGAAGGGAGGCGGGCACCACAGACCAGCCGGCGGCUAAACUGGCGGCCGGUCUGCCGCAGGAGGUACGGAGUGGAAGGGGCUAUCAUGACAGAUAG